CGUCGCCCAAUCCACCGGAAUUCAGCAUCAGUAUCUUAGACGAUAACGCAUUAGAAAAACAGCUCGUCGAUGCUUCACGACCCGACCUCGUAUUCAAGACUCACGUCAUUCUCCCCUGCAGCAUCUCCAAGUCCAACUGACAGUGUUAAGUCAGCAGGCUGCAGUCCUUCUUUUCUACCCAUCACAACUCCAGCCAUGGCUAAGCUGUUCGAUGGUGACUUCAAUAACUCGAACUCACCAGCUAUUGUUCCUCUCGUGUCGUCGGCUAGCGUACCCCCAUUAGACUCUAAUUUAGAGAUGUCGCUUGAAUCAUCGACUCUAAAAUCCUCAGUAAUGACAGCCUCUACUCCAGCACCAUCCAACGCGACUCACCAAAAGGGACAGACAGGCAUGAACGGUGGCCGCUGGACGGAGCUAGAACAUCAGAGCUUCCUUGCGGGAUUGAGGCUCUACGGCCGUGAAUGGAAAAAAGUGGCGGCAAAGAUCAAGACUCGCACGUCUGCGCAGAUUCGUAGCCAUGCACAGAAGUACUUCGCCAAGCUCGCGCGCGAUGACGAAAUGCGAAAGCAUAGCGGGCUGUCCAUGGUCAUGUCUGGGCCUGUCGGAUAUUUCAGCGAUGGUGGCUCCUCCAUCGCCCAGAACAGUGGGGACGACGAAGAUGAUGGAUCCGAUGUAAGACAAAUGGCCCGCGGUCGCUCAGCAGGACAAGCCAAAGGAACUGCUGCUAUCUUGAUCGCUUCGAUGGACUCAGCUGCUAGUAAGCUUUACAAGCAGGCAGCGACGGCAACUAAAAAAAGAUCGCGAGCAGUGGCGACAGGCUUUGAGGAUCAGUUCGGAAUGAACUCGACCCCCUUACGAUUCCCCUACAAGCUUCAGAAACGAACAGAGGACGCCGUAAGUGUGGAAAAUCUUCCGUCGCAGGAAGAGCUACUCGCGACGGCGUCUCCAAAUCUUCGCCACCGACUAUCCAGCCUCAUUGAAGCAGAAUUGUGUGCUCUUCAGGUCCUCUCAUGCUAUGCCAUGCUGCAGCAGCAAGAUCAAUUCUCAACUCCAAUACAGAAAGCCAAACGGCAAGGCAGACCACGCAAGCUAGCGACAGUGACCGCUACCGCCACCGCCACCGGAAGUACCACAGCGUCGUCGCUUGGCCUAUAUAUGCUAUCUACGGAGCAUAUUCCACCGACGUCGUCGAUCUAUUAA